ACGGAGUACAACAGGAGGGCUAUGGGACCUUUUUUGCCCUCGUGUCUGGACUCGCUCUAGUAAAAAAAAAGGGUGCCUGCCUUAUAGGGGCAUUGGGCGGAGGGUGCUCCGUCUUAGUCUUGGUUCCGCCUGGACGUUGAGCAACGGACGAACCACAGCGCCGGGCCCACGGGCUGGGUGGCCCGCCGGUCCGCUCUCGUUCAGCGUCCAGCAGUAUCUUUGACCAGACUGUGCUGGCUCGUUUCCUUCUCUUGGUAAUUCCUCUCUAGAAAUAGAAAUGCAAGCCUGCAUGGUUAAGGAGAUGCCCGGCUCAAUACCCGCAUUCGCUCCGGCUGUGCUCGUGAUAGGUGGACCAAGCGAAUAAUUUGUUCGUUUCAAUGGCGGAGGCGCCGGCCUGUAAACCCCCAAGCCCAUGCCAGGAAUUCACUGUCAUUGGUCUCCAAGGAUAUGCAGGCUAAUAUCAAAUCCUUCUUGCUGAUCGACGCUGCCUCAGCCUAGGCUCGCUGCACACCACCCGCUAGCAUCUCACACGCCCCCUUCGCCCCAGGCCCCAGGGGAGGGUGAAAAAGCAAAGAUAGCCGCAAAAAGGACCGUUGCGCAAUUUGCCUUGCCUCUAACUGCCAAUGACACUAGCCAUUUGCAUGCUUCCCAUUCCUUGUUCGGCCCCAUACGCUUCCACUGCCUCUUCUUUUGCUUCGUUCUGCAGCCACCACCUGAUGUCUCCUCCUUAACCUUGUUGCCCCGAAUCGCAUAAUCCAUAAGCUUCGCCCAUGGCCGUCUCUGCUAGCAAACCAGACACAAACAUUUGGCAAUUCGAUUCAACGUCGUUUUCCUCCUUGUCACACUAAAAACCGUUGAUUUUGGAAGCUCUCCGGGUAUCCUGGUAGUACUAGAGCUGGCGGCCACAUCAAACAGUCAUUCGAUCAAACCGACGCAAACGCAGUUCGAUAAGCUUGCAAAAACACUGGAAAAGCAUUUAUAUCUUUGCGAAUCUCCUUACCUGUACAAAUACACUCGACCUCUUCCUUUCUCGAAGUUUUGCGCCAGCUGUGACCGUCUAAUCUUACACGCAGCGGCACCGUCUUCCGAACCGUCUUCUACACCCGUCGAUUCUUGUGGCGACAGUUUCGUUACGCAAUAGAAAGCACUGACCUGACUCGUCCUUGCGCAAUGUCUGUGUCUUCAUCAUCAGUGGCAACUUCGGCUACAAAGUCAUGGCAGGAACGCUUAGAAGACCUUUGCCGUGAUGCCCAAAUUUCGCCCCCUGUAUUUCAAUUACUCUCAGACCGCAGAGGUGGCCGCACGGCAUGGUCUAGCCAGGUCACAGUGCAAGGCAAGACACACGCGGCGCGAUUCUGGUACGACGGUAACAAUCUGAACAAUGCGAAGGAAGAUGCUGCAGAAUGCGCAAUCAACUGGCUUAACAGCCAACCGAACAGAGCUGCAGCCUCGCCUUGGUAAGGGAUUAGCCACUAUGGUGUUCUCCUGCCAGCGUCAACCGUCGCGCGGAGAACUAGCUGCUUCCGGGCACACAUAUUGUAUUUGGAUAUUUGGGUUUUGUUAAAUAGGAGUUUUGGAGACAUAGAAUGUCUGGUAGAGGAGUUUCCGGGUCACAUAUUAGCAUCAUCAUAGCAUUUGGGGUGUUGGACGGUAACAGCGCGGGUUCAAACUGGGUUAAAUAGGGACAGGUGCUCACUGACAGGAGGGCAAAUUUGGGACAUGGAUAAAUUGGGACGGGACCACGAAACAUAGUACAGGUUGCCAUGUAGAGUAGAAAAAAAUCAUAAACGAUUUUCA